GCGGACGAUGCUGUUAUGUAAAACAUGCCAAAGUCAGCCGGAGUUUACGGGGUCUGAGUUCAGGGCCUCGGCUGCUUUCUAAACUCCUCUGCUCCAGCGUGAAGCGUCACGGGUGGAUUUAUUGGUAUUUUCCCCCGUUCCUCGCAGCGUGGAGUUUGCAGCGGAUGAAGGGAACCAAACAGCCUGUUCAGCUCAACAUGAGUCUCCCUCGGCUCGGUUUUCCUCCUUCGUUUGCGGGGAGCUCAAACACCUGACGCACCUCCGUCCGCUUCCUCUGGAGCCCACCGUGGGUCUGCUUUUAAAGGAUCAAUCCGCUCUUUUCCUGCGCGUUCCGAUUAAUGCCGACCUGAAGCCAUCUGCUGCGCAACCUUUGGAUGACGAGAUUUCGGUGCAUCUGCUCACUGAUGCUGAGACCAUGGUGAAAGCGCAACAGAGCCAGCCGCUGCAGCGCAAGAAACUGCAGAAGAAGAAUGCUUGCAAGAAGAAAGGGGAACUCAAACAGAAGGGAAAUGUGGGAAAGAAUGAGAUUAUUAAAAAGCGAAAGAAGGACCUACGAGGUUUUUGUCACGGGAAGACGACUGGAGGAUUCGGGAAAAGAGAUUCCUUCUCCUGCUGCGUUCUGCUGACCCGUCUGGAUGAGAAACGAGUCAUCAACAAAGAAAAGAAUGCAAAAUAUAAUCUGCAAAAGAGCGUCAAGGUCAAAAAGAAAGGGCUCUCUGUUUCAAGAUCGACCAAAUCUGGACUUGUGUCAACUUCCACCACCAAUCCGCAAACUCCAGAACCAAAAACCAACCAAGAGGACGCCUUACUCAUGCUAGCUCCCCCGGUUGUCGAGCCUCGCAGGCGGAGAAUGGCCUCCCUGAACGCCGAGGCCGUCAACAGUUUGCUGCUCUACAGAGACGGCUCGAUGAUGGCCAACCUCACAAAGAAAGCGCAGCCUUCAGGCGAAGACGCAGACGGGGAUCCAAAAGCCAAAAAUGUUUCUGCAGGAGGGAAAAGAGCCAAAAAACAGAAGAAUCAGGCGGAGAGCAUCGACUGGUUGAGUUUGCUAGCACCGACGCCGCGCCGUCAGGCAGGCCUCACCGCCGCCACGCUGCUCAAACUCACUGGUUCCCAGUACAAAACCAAACGGCAGAAGAAAACAGAGUCCAAUCAGGGCGGCUCAAACGUCGACCCUGUCUGUGGAGGACCAACGCAGAUCAAAACGAGAAGGCUGCACGCCAAAUCAGACGAGCCACUGAAGCACAGAAAACCGGUGGCGGAGUUCCCGGCUCAGUCCAAACUGAGCUGCUGCUGUGGUCUGUGUCAGCCGGGCGCCACAGCGGGGCACGGCUUCCAGCGCGGCUCGUCGCUGGGAUUCCCCUUAAAAACAAUCAAAGAGGAGCAGAUGGAGGCAGAAGUCACUUCCUGCUUUUGCUGCUCCCAGGAGAGAUGCGUGGAGUACUGUCACAGACUGGCCCUCUUCCUGGAGGACAAGACCUUUAAGGAGCCGGAGGACGGCUCAAUGUCCGACGUGUUCCACCACCACCACCACCACCAUCACCACCAUCACCACCACCACCACCACCUCCAGUCGCCCCAUUCUGUCGCCCACCCCGCCGCCAUUACCAUCAGCCCGCACACGUACACUUGCUUCCCGGGCUACUACGUCCACUUCACCCAUCCGGACGGCCCGCCGUCGCCGAUGCCGCCCCUGGCUUUGUGCCCGAGGGGCAGCAAGAGGCCGAAGCUGCACCCCGGCGCCGGUCCACAGCCCUCAGGGAUCAGACACCCAGUUUACUGCUGCACUUCGGUGGAGGCGUGCUACGGAGAGCCCUGCAGAAUCAACGGCUACUCCUAUCCCAGUGUGAUUCCUGCCAUCACCAGAGGGGGGUGCCCUUACACCCCCAAAGACUGCGCCAAAUGCAACCAAGGCAUCAAAAGAGAAGAAUACUCGCCGAGCCUCGGCGAUCACUGCGGCCCGUCCUUCAUCCCCGUGUGUCCCAGCCCCAGAGUCCUGACCGGCUGCCCCGUUCCCACUGUGCCUCCAGCCGGCCAAUCGGUGGCCCACGUCCAGACGGCGCCCUCCGACCCCAGCCGACCCCAGCCGCCGCUGCAGGUGGCGAAGGAGUGUCCGCAGAGCGCCAAGCCGCCCAGCGGCGGCUCGAGGUCCGGAGCCCGCGGCGGCCUGCCUCUGACCCGGGACAAGAACCAGAGGCUCAGCGCCGCCUCGGUUGGAGGGCAGACGGUUCCCAAGCAGCCGAAGAACAGCCGGCAAAAAUCCACCAACGGCUGGAGGUCGCUGGGCCAGCCCUUUGAGAAGGAGGUUUUUGUUGUUGGAGAAGAGGCUCCGGUGUUGAGGAAGUGCUUUGAGGGAAUCUGCAGGGACGACGACGAGAUUCACGUCAGAGACACUGUUCUGCUGAAGUCUGGGCCCAGAAAGAAGUCUCUGCCUUACGUGGCCAAGGUGUCUGCGCUGUGGGAGGAGCCGGAGUCAGGAGAGCUGAUGAUGAGUUUGUUUUGGUAUUAUCGUCCAGAACACACGCAGGGAGGGCGCAACCCCACCUUGCACUGUGAGAAUGAGAUCUUUGCAUCCCGUCACCAGGAUGUCAACAGUGUGGCCUGCAUUGAAGACAAAUGCUAUGUCCUAACAUUGGCCCAGUAUUGUCGAUUUUGUGCCUUGGUAAAGCGCCGCAGGGAGGGCGUCCGCGACUGCGCCACCUCCCUCGUUGUGCCGCCCGUUCUUAGCAACGCCAUGCCCACCCACCACUGUGUGCCCGAUGACGUCGACCCAGAGCUGGUUCUGUUCUGCCGACACGUCUACGACUUCCGCUACGGACGCCUCCUGAAGAACCUGCAGUAGGACGCGGCGCUGCAGAGGAGCGGAUCAUGUGACCUUUCUGUCAUCCUCCAUGAGUUUUAAUCGACUUCUUGUGGGGAAUUUAAAUAGCUUUGAACUGUUUAUGUUUGAACUCCAUGCAUUUUGCUCGGCAGUCAUCUGACGUGAUGCAUCAGAGUUAUAUAGCGGUGUGAAGGGCCUGUGGUGAUGUAGCAGCUGUCUGAAGAACAUGGAAGUUACUCUGCUAUAAAAAAAAAAUCGCUGCUGUAGAUUUGAGAAAUGUGACGUUUGACAGAUCUGCAGCUGAUGGGAGUUUUGCAGCCGUCUGCCUGACGGAUGUCAGACAGCUUUGAUCAUUUUUACCACAUCUCAUCUGAUUUCCCUCUGAUUUGAAUAUGCUAAAUAUCACAGAAUCCAAGAGUGAAUUUAACUGGUUUGUCUUAAAAAUCUGCUUUGAGUUAUAGCUAAUUAUUUAGCUUUGAACGGCUGGCAGUCAACUUGCAGAGUUAAAACUUGCUGCUAUAGUCGGACGUCACAGUAGAGUUGUUGUUUUCAGAUCGGGACGCAUCCACAAAAACAGUUUCAUUGAAAUAAAUCUGCUGAUUUAGCACAUAUUAACCUCCUGAUGCAAAUUUAGUGAGAAAAACUGAAUAAAAAAGAUUUUCAAAGUCAUAACAGAGAUUAACGGCACAAAAUAAAUCAAACAUCAGCAAAACUUUAUGCACAACUCCACAUCUCUAGUCUCCUCUGUAAUGCUUCCCACAAUAUAAAAAAUAUCUAUAACCUUCAUUUUCUUUUCUAAUUAAUCAAACUAAAGUUUCAAUUAAUUGAUUGAUUGAUGAGUGACACUUAAUUGCUUAUAGAUGGACUUAUUAUCCUCCAUUUUAUAUAUUUUUAAUAGCCUUUUUUAAACAAACUUUUGCAUAUUGUAAAAUAUGUAAACAUAAAAAAUUACAUUAAAAAAUUACAUUUUCUAUAAAAGUUCCAGUUCUAAUAUAUAAAACAUAUAUAAUCAAGCUCUUAUCAUUUACAUAUUUACAUUUAAAAAAUUUUGAUGAGCUGGAAAUAAACAAUGAGGGAGGGCGAUGUGGCUGUUUUUAUUGAAAAUGCAAUCAUGUAGACUAAACAUUUUAAUUUUACUGAAUAAAUAUAUAAAUCUUUACAGUAUAAAUUUGAUUUAUUUAUCUAUAAACAUUAACUACACAACAAAUCAAGCAAAAACAACUGCUUGUAUGCAACAUGAUUUAAUAAUAAUGUUGCAAUCUCAUGUUUUUAUGGUACUUUGUAUCUCCAAUCUACACAAAUAAGUAAAAAUUUUUUAUGUAUUUAUUGAAUUUGGACAGCAGCACAAAGUCUGAACACCAAUGGACGCAAAGUGAAGCACUUAUUUCCAGAAAAACAUCAACUUUAACUUCAUCAGUCAACAGAGUUUAAUUUAAAAAGUUUCCACAAAAAGUUUUCCAAUUGGUGUUUGUCUUUACUAAUUAAAAAUUAACCAAAUAAUUUUGCCUGAAAAUGAGAGAAAUUCAGUUUUAUUAGGAAGCUGUUGGUGUGGAUGUAACCUGAACUCACCUGAGUUUUCAACAACAAAUAUAAAGUAGAAAUGAAAACAAAACCUGAACUAGGAAAGUUUUUUCCAUCAUAUCCACAAUGAGGUAUUUCACUGAAUGCCGAUUGUCGUUCAGCCAUUUCUGCCUGAUAUUUUCUGUGUCGCAUUGAGAUUUGUGAUGGAGACAAAUUUAACGCGUGUAUUUAUUUCUGUGCGGCAAAAAUCUAACUUCUUUUAGACUUUUAGAUGAUACGGCUUUCAUAGUUUGAGUUGCAAAAUGAGCCAGUAAGGAUUUUUUUUGUUGAAAUGUUAAAGUCAGAAGAUGAAUCUGCAGGACCAAAAUGUACUUUAGUUUUGUUCUCCUUUAAGUGUCGCAGAAGAAACGCUUUUCCUCUUCACCUGAAUGCUACGAUGAUUUUAAACCCACCUUAUUGUUUUCCUGCAUCCUGCAGCCCGCUGCCUUAUUCCCAGCCUUUCGCUGAGAAAGACGAGCUCAUCUUCAUCUGGGUUGUGAAGCCUGUAAAGCUCAUUUCUAACAUUGAUGACUUUUUACCUCUGCCGCACUGCAAAAACACAAAAUCUUACCAAGUAUUUUGGUCUAGUUUGAAGCGUAACUGUCUUAGUUUUGUCUAAUUUCAAGGAAACUAACUUUCAAGUAACUUUUCAGGAAGAUGUAGCAGCAGGUUUUAAGUAAAUAACUCCAAAUAUAGAUGGAAAAGCACCAGUUCCACUGCCAGAUUAUUUCACUUAUAACACAACAUUUACUCUGAUAAGUAAAAUAAUCUGCCAGCAGGACUGGAACCGGGUUGCUAGGUAACAGGUAGGACUCUGCUGGGGUUGCUAGGUAACGCCUCUACCAUUUGAACUCGUACUUCCCCCCCAACAUCAAUGCAUCACUGACUGAAAACAAGCUCCUUCAUCUUGCUAAAAAGUUACAUGUAAGUUAGUUUUGUCUUAUUUCAACUGUCCUAAAAUAUUUGGACUGGAGUCUAAACCAAAGCAGUUUUUAAUAACUCGACUCUAAACAUGAUUUAGAGUGAAAAUGAGUCUCAAAACAAAAGUUUUGGAAGUUGCGUGCAUUUCUGGUGUUGCUAAUAAAUAGGCAGUAAAUUUUCCACAAAAAUGUUUAGAAACAUUUAGUUUGAGUGAUGCUAACUCUCACUAGGUGGCAGUAUUUCUUACUUUUACGGCACUGCUGCCUCAGCUUUACUUGAUGUCAAGUUGUGGUUCAUGCUUAUUGCGCUGAUUAACAAAAAGUCACUUUUAACAUCAUUCAUAAGCGCAAAUAUUGCAAAAUUUGUGAUUUUCAGUUACAAAUAAUUACAAAAACAAUCUGAAAAUCCUGAAUGGACUGAUCAAAGUGAAAAGAUGUUAAAGAAUAUUUAAUUUCAAGAAGUUCUUAAAGCUAUUCAUUAAUAUUUUAGCUGUUUGUUAAUGGGUUUUAUAUUGGUAUAAUCUGUCACAACUGGUCCUUAAAGAGCAUUUAUGAUUUAGAAAUGAAAUAAGAACUUUGUUAAAGUUUAAUGGCACUGCAAAACGGAGAUGCAUCUCAGCAAAUUAUUAAACAAACAAAAAGUUAAUUUAACACUUUAUACUGAUGGUAUAAAAUGGUUUCACUGCAUUUAAUCGUUUUCUAAGACCCUUCCUCCUGUCAACACUCAUGUUUAUUCAUUCAUUUAAUCAGACGCCAAUUUCAACUUCAGAUUUUUGGAAGUGGGGUUCUGCUGAGAGAGCAUGGCGGGUCAGUAGCUUACCUGCAGCAGGUAACUCUGCUUCUUUUUACAUAAACACAGCUUAGUUUUCUCCUGAAUUUAAAAUUAUUUACACUGAAAACUGAAGUGGUCUCUAUAAAAUCUUCCCAUGUAAAAUUGUAAGCGUGUGUUGCCAUAGUAAUGACCUAAAGGGGAAAUAAGGCGGCGUAAGAAUCCAUAUUUCACCUUUAAGUUGCUGCUAAACUUGUGUUUUAACCUUUUUUUUCUUCCAUUAUUCAUAUUUUUAAAAAUGUUAACUCAGCAAAACGACACAAAGCGGGCUCAGAUAAUCUGUAAUAAGGGAUUAUGAGAGAUUUUCUGUCUUUCUUGGCUCUCUGUGCCUGUUUCCAUUAACUGUUCCUAUUCCAGGAGUUUACUGAGGAGAAGGACGUGUCGUCUGAGUAGUUUCCCAAAUGCCUUCUUUGUUUGUUGAAAGACGCUGGUCUGAUCUUGAAUCAAAGAAAUGUUUGCACCAAAUAAAUAGAAGAGAGUUUAACUCAUUCCCAGGUGUAGAAAUACCUGAAUGUUUGUCCUUGUGUGGAUCUUCCUUUGUAUUCUUUGCAUGAAAAUAUCUUGGAAAUAUUAAUCACACCACAGAUUAUUUGUAUGGAUUCAAAUGAACUUCUGUAACAUUAGAUAUAAGAUAUUGUAAUAAAUAAUAUAUGAGUUAAAACAUUG